CCGCUCGCUGCCCGCUGGACUGCUCAAGCCUGGGGCUGCUAGGGAGGCUGCGGGUUCGCCGGGCCCGCCUGGCCGAGCCGAGCGAGGGAAAUGGUCCCCGCCUCGCCGCACGCCGGCUGAGGGGGGGCCGCUCUGGCUGGGUGGCAGGCCAGCCGCGGCGUGGGGCGCGGGCCGGAAGGGGCGUAUUGCCGCCCCGCGCUGCUGCUGCUGAAUGUCGGCUCCAGAGGAUGAGGAGAGGCUCCUGCCGCUCACCCAGAGAUGGCCCCGCGCGAGCAAGUUCCUCCUGUCGGGCUGCGCGGCCACCGUGGCCGAGCUAGCAACCUUUCCCCUCGAUCUCACAAAAACUCGACUCCAGAUACAAGGAGAAGCCGCCCUUGCUCGGCUGGGAGGUGGCGCGGGAGAGGCUGCUCCUUACAGGGGCAUGGUGCGCACGGCACUCGGGAUCAUCCAAGAGGAAGGCUUCCUAAAGCUCUGGCAAGGAGUGACCCCCGCCAUUUACAGACACAUAGUGUACUCUGGAGGGCGAAUGGUCACUUACGAACAUCUCCGUGAGGUUGUGUUUGGCAAAGGUGAAGAUAAGCAUUAUCCCCUUUGGAAAUCAGUGAUCGGAGGGAUGAUGGCUGGUGUUGUUGGCCAAUUUUUAGCCAACCCAACUGACCUAGUGAAGGUUCAGAUGCAAAUGGAAGGAAAGAGGAAACUUGAAGGAAAACCACUGCGGUUUCGUGGUGUGCAUCAUGCGUUUGCAAAAAUCUUCACUGAAGGAGGAAUACGUGGGCUUUGGGCAGGCUGGGUACCCAAUAUACAAAGAGCCGCGCUGGUGAAUAUGGGAGAUUUAACCACUUACGAUACAGUGAAACACUACUUGGUAUUGAAUACACCACUUGAGGAUAACAUCAUGACUCAUGGCUUAUCAAGUUUAUGUUCUGGACUGGUAGCUUCUAUUCUGGGGACACCCGCAGAUGUCAUCAAAAGCCGAAUAAUGAAUCAACCACGAGAUAAACAAGGAAGGGGCCUUUUGUAUAAGUCAUCAACUGACUGCUUGAUUCAAGCUGUUCAAGGAGAGGGAUUCAUGAGUCUUUAUAAAGGCUUUUUACCAUCUUGGCUGCGAAUGACCCCUUGGUCACUGGUGUUCUGGCUUACUUAUGAAAAAAUCAGAGAGAUGAGUGGAGUCAGUCCAUUUUAAGCCCUUAAAGAUACAGUGUUCAGUGUCACUGACAUAUGGGCAUCUGCAGCACAUCCCCCUGUUGUUUCUACCUCUUUAGGAAGACACCUUACUCCACAGAGACUGUGAUUUAUAGGGGGCAGCACUUUAUUUUUUAUCUGGAAACCCAAGUUCUCUUUGACUCCUCUUUUUGUUCAAAAGCAAUCUGGUUGGAAUCACACAAGGCCACCCCGUGAGACCCAGCACUGCAUUUCCUAAAGAAGAAUCAAGUCUCCACCACUUACCCUGAGCGAGAAGACCUGAGCUUCAAGAUCCUAUUCUCUGCUGAAGGGCCUGCUUAGAGGAGCAAGUGCCAGAAGGGGAGUGGCCUCGCAAACCUGAAGCAGGCAACAGGAAUGUGGAAACACACAGAGCGACCAAGACACGUGACCUGUUACGUCGGUGUUUACGACUGAACUUUGAUUAAGUCACUUUUCUGUUGCUGUGAAAGUGUACACAUUGUAAAUUAAAGGGAGGUGAGUGAAUGAACACGUUAAGGUGCCCUAGUGUGGACGGAAGCUGACGUACCUUUUCUUGCCAGGAGAAUGAAAAACAUCACGUAGAGGUGAUGUUUGGAUCUCAGGGGAAGAAGCGGUUUUCUGUCAGUGCCCCGCCGGCAGGUGAUCUGUGCUCACCGGUCAGUGCUCCGCGGCGCAGGCUAAGGCCUUGCCGGCAGCCGCAGAUCCGACCUGGAGGAAAACAGAGAGGAGUGUUUGCUUUGUCACAUAUCCCAUUCCCUAGGGCUCAAGAAUCUCAGUGUGUGAAAAACGCAGCUCACUCGAUGAAAGCUCAGGUGGACGGGUCCUUUUGUAAAGAAACAUCUGUUAUCAUCCGCCUUUCGGUGGCAUUUUAAAAGCAAGGCUAAGAUGCAGUCAGCCCCUUCUGACACACAUCCUUUCUUAAUCUCCCAUCCCUGACACUAGGGGCCCCAGAGAGAGAGAGAACUCAGAAAUCACACUAAAGCUGUCUCUAGCCUGAAUUUUACUUAAUUUGACGAAGCUGCCUGCCUAAAAAGUGACAAGGACAAACUGCCUGUGGUAUACAGGUAUGUCUGAAUCACAUCCCUUUUCUUAGAAAGGGGAGCAAGUUCUUCAGACCUGCCUCUGGGCCACCUGUUCCCCAGCCUCAGACAGCGGGCAUUCCUGGAAGGGUGGCUGCAGUUACAGGCAGUUACAGGAAAACUCAGAAAGCUCAGAUCCAGGAAAGACCUUGGAGCUGAGCGAACAGAAUUCAUCAUGGACAUGGAUGAUGCUGAACAGAAAAAGUAUACAAGUGCUCUGUGGUCGCACGAUUGCAUAAUCACUGCCAUUUAAGAGGGGAAGUACACUUUAAAAUAUAUUUUAAUGUGAUGUACUAAUAUGCAGGCUUACUGGCUUUUUUUUUAUAUAAGAUUUGCAGAAUGUGGAGUUUAAUCUCUUAAAAUCCAUAGGGGUCUUACUUUCCAUUGCAUUUGUCAACCUGUAUAAAUUGAGUUGUUAAAUAUCUUUAAAAUAAUACUAUGUACUUAAGUUCUCAA